AUGAAUCAACCGGCCGCCUACACGCCUCUCGAGUCGCUGUUCCUGUUCCAGUCGCUGCUAUCCCACGGGGUCGACGGCGGGGCGUUUGCGCGCAUCUCUGAGCUUCUGAAGGGAAAUGCUCUCAUCAAGAGCGGCGACACGUACGAUGCUGCGCGUCUGAGCCCGGAGGCUCUGCAGCAGCUGUUCCUGCAGCUGUUGCGAGAUGAGAUCAACGGCGAAGCGGAGCGUGCCGAUGGGGAUGGAGCAGCAGCGGGAGGUGGUGGUAGCGAUGGUUCACGCAAGAGGAAACUGUCGAGCCCGCCGUUACCGACACUGAAGGAGGUGUACGAAAAUGUCGACAAGAUUCCGAUUCUGGUCGAUCGAUUAUACGCACGAUAUCGAGAUCAUACGGUGGGGCUGAUUCGCGAGGAUGAACGCCGGUUUGCGAUGCUACAGAGGGAUAUCCAGGUGUUGGAACGAAACGAAAAGGAACGGCUUGCUAAAGUGGCGGCCAGCCAGAAUUUGACGCCAACACUGGCUCCGCGAGACCCAAGGACGACGGCAGGGACAGCAUCGACGACGACGACGCCUGUGGCAGCGGGUGUGCAACCACCAGUGCCGCCUCCAAACGGCGUGAGCCCUUCUCCAGGACAAGCACCAGCAACCCCAGCGGGCAUCAGAAAGGGGCCAACCCCGAACACACAUGUCCCGCCGCCGAAGCCUCCCAUGUCCGGCAUUGCAGCACCAAAGGUCGCGCCACCCAGUCAGUUGGUGCCUGGUACGCCGCCCCCUCGAACGUCUGCCUUGCCGAAACCGCCAAAUGGAGCUUCUUCUGUGCUUCAAGCGCCUCCUGGGGCUCCCACGCAGUCAACCGCGCAGGUACUGCAACCGCCUGCACAGCAGCCGCCAAAGCAAAUCAUUUCUCCUCGUCCAGAGACUGCUGUUCCGCAGCCGCAACCCCCGCAGCCACAGACCGCUCCAGGAACAGCAGCUCCUGGUUCGCUCAAGUGGGAGAAGCCUUAUCAACCUCCGCAGACAGUGCAGGCUCCAUCGGCUGAGCAAUUCUCACCACCAAUUCCCCCUUCCACGAAUAAUGGUGCUCUUCCAAAGCCUCCUCAGACACAACAACCACAGCAGCAACAAAUAUCGCCGACACCACCACCGCCGCAGCAGCAGCCGCAGCCACAGCAGUGGCAACGACAGCCAGUACCACAUCCACAACAUCCAACUCCUCAGCAAACUCAACAGCCACAUACUCAAUAUCCUCCGCAACCCCCAUACGGACAAGCUGCACCCACACCACAACAACAGCAGGUUCGUCCAAGCCCAGCAAAGCCUGUCCUUGUCCACCCUCAGUCUGUAGGACAGCUGGUUGCUCCUCUACAGCCUGGGCCUCCUCGUCCAGUUGGGCCAGGCGCAGUAACGCAAGUUCGCCCGCCAUCAACGACGCCCUCAGCUACUCCAGGGCGUCCUAUCCAACCUCAGCAACAGCCCCAAGCUCAUCUUCAGCAGCAACAGGCACAACAGGGUCAACAGGCAACUCCUCAAACUCAACAUAUUCAGAGAACACUGCCAGCCCAAACGUCUUUACUCGCCCAGAAAUUCCAGUCGAGGGGUCAGAAUCAGCGGCCACUUGCUUCCGCAACUACUCCCAAAGGCACACCUUCAGUUUCUGCUGGUGGAUCUCCCAUCCCCAACAAGGCAGCUCCUGGAGCAAUUGCGACGCCACGAUGGCAGCCGGGCGCUUCUGCAGCACAGCAGGGGGCUCGAGCCGCGCCUCCUGCUUCUCCUGCGCCUAAAGAUAAGACAUUUAACUCGACGAAUGCCGCCCAAGCGCCGCGCCCUAUCCCAGAACAUGUGAUUCGGCAGGUUGCUGCUACGCCGCCUGUGAGGCGUCCUAGUCCGGCGUCUUCCGUGCCACGGACUCCAGCACCGUCUAGUCCUGUAUCCCUUAAACGAGGUUUCGGAACGAAAUGGGCCUCUCAGUCGACGCCGUCUACACCCGGUCCUAUAACAUCGGAGCCAGAGAGCCCGGCGUAUGAGCCUGUUAGCCCUCCCAUCCCAAGACCUGCAGUCGGGAAGGACUCGGCCAAGGCAGUUCCGAAGUUGGCUGUACCGAAACCGAGUCCGAAAGUCGAAGCAACGCCCCCUGCGAAGGCGCCCCGCGGGCGACCUCCGCGAUCGAUGCAGAAAGGCCGCGGUGCGAGCGCAACCCCCUCUGCUACGGGCACGAGGAGAAGCCAGUCCGUGGUGUCUCAAACAGAUGAGCUCUCCCUAGAUCAUUCCGUGACUAAAGUGAAGAAGGAAGCUGCUGCCACGCCGCGUCUUCGUGAAGAAACCGGCGAUACCACUGCCGAUGAAAGCAUGCCAGGACGUGGCCUCUUAGGCACACCAAGUAGUAUGGCCCGUGCAUCCAAGCGGAAGCGGCAAGAUACCCCUACUGACUUUCAAGGCCCUCCAACGCACGUUCUAUGGACUAGAGGAUUCACAAAGGUCUCCUCGUCCGCGCUCGAUCAGAUAUCAAGCCAUCGCGAUGCAAACAUGUUUGCGACGGCUCUGCGAGAGAAAGACGCGCCGAAUUACCGACAGAUUGUACUGCAACCGCAAGACAUUACGUCUAUUCGUUCUGCGAUUAAAGCAGGGAAUAAGGCAGCACUGCAAGCAGCGGCUAGUCUGCCCGGCGGUGAUCCUGGUACGGCAAGUGUCUGGCUCCCCAUCUCUGACGACCUCGUCCCUCCCAGGGGAAUCAUCAAUAGCGCUCAUCUUGAGCGCGAGCUGGUGCACAUGUUCUGUAACGCGAUCAUGUACAACCCAGAUCCGGAUCGCGGCCCCGGGCCAGCAUUCAUGAGAAGGUCUCAGAGCGACGAGGAAGAAAUCGUUGGGUACCGCCUCGACGAGAAUGGGGUUGUCAAGAACACGCAGAGCAUGUUCCUAGAGGUCGAAAAGCUGCUCGGGGACCUGCGAGCGGCGGAGAAGGAUCGAGGCAUUCCGCCGAUAUCUACGACUCGGCAAGGCAGCGUAGCCACCCCGGCGGAAGACACUGCCGAGGAGGAGGAUGAACUUGCCGGCGAUGGAGAUUCGGCCUCGGCUUCGGGGACGGCCAAGAGGCGGCGCAUCAGCACCAGGAGUUAG